CAGGGAGGGCAGUUGGUGUAGUGACUAAGCUACAGUGCCAAACAGUUUCUACAGGGAGGGCAGUUGGUGUAGUGACUAAGCUACAGUGCCAAACAGUUUCUACAAGGAGGGCAGUUGGGGUAGUGACUAAGCUACAGUGCCAAACAGUUUCUACAGGGAGGGCAGUUGGUGUAGUGACUAAGCUACAGUGCCAAACAGUUUCUACAGGGAGGGCAGUUGGUGUAGUGACUAAGCUACAGUGCCAAACAGCUUCUACAGGGAGGGCAGUUGGUGUAGUGACUAAGCUACAGUGCCAAACAGUUUCUACAAGGAGGGCAGUUGGUGUAGUGACUAAGCUACAGUGCCAAACAGCUUCUACAGGGAGGGCAGUUGGUGUAGUGACUAAGCUACAGUGCCAAACAGCUUCUACAGGGAGGGCAGUUGGUGUAGUGACUAAGCUACAGUGCCAAACAGUUUCUACAGGGAGGGCAGUUGGUGUAGUGACUAAGCUACAGUGCCAAACAGUUUCUACAGGGAGGGCAGUUGGUGUAGUGACUAAGCUACAGUGCCAAACAGUUUCUACAAGGAGGGCAGUUGGUGUAGUGACUAAGCUACAGUGCCAAACAGUUUCUACAGGGAGGCCAGUUGGUGUAGUGACUAAGCUACAGUGCCAAACAGCUUCUACAGGGAGGGCAGUUGGUGUAGUGACUAAGCUACAGUGCCAAACGGUUUCUACAGGGAGGCCAGUUGGUGUAGUGACUAAGCUACAGUGCCAAACAGCUUCUACAGGGAGGGCAGUUGGUGUAGUGACUAAGCUACAGUGCCAAACAGUUUCUACAAGGAGGGCAGUUGGUGUAGUGACUAAGCUACAGUGCCAAACAGUUUCUACAAGGAGGGCAGUUGGUGUAGUGACUAAGCUACAGUGCCAAACAGUUUCUACAGGGAGGGCAGUUGGUGUAGUGACUAAGCUACAGUGCCAAACAGCUUCUACAGGGAGGGCAGUUGGUGUAGUGACUAAGCUACAGUGCCAAACAGCUUCUACAGGGAGGGCAGUUGGUGUAGUGACUAAGCUACAGUGCCAAACAGUUUCUACAGGGAGGGCAGUUGGUGUAGUGACUAAGCUACAGUGCCAAACAGUUUCUACAGGGAGGGCAGUUGGUGUAGUGACUAAGCUACAGUGCCAAACAGUUUCUACAGGGAGGGCAGUUGGUGUAGUGACUAAGCUACAGUGCCAAACAGUUUCUACAGGGAGGGCAGUUGGUGUAGUGACUAAGCUACAGUGCCAAACAGUUUCUACAGGGAGGGCAGUUGGUGUAGUGACUAAGCUACAGUGCCAAACAGUUUCUACAGGGAGGGCAGUUGGUGUAGUGACUAAGCUACAGUGCCAAACAGUUUCUACAGGGAGGGCAGUUGGUGUAGUGACUAAGCUACAGUGCCAAACAGUUUCUACAGGGAGGGCAGUUGGUGUAGUGACUAAGCUACAGUGCCAAACAGUUUCUACAGGGAGGGCAGUUGGUGUAGUGACUAAGCUACAGUGCCAAACAGCUUCUACAGGGAGGGCAGUUGGUGUAGUGACUAAGCUACAGUGCCAAACAGUUUCUACAGGGAGGGCAGUUGGUGUAGUGACUAAGCUACAGUGCCAAACAGCUUCUACAGGGAGGGCAGUUGGUGUAGUGACUAAGCUACAGUGCCAAACAGCUUCUACAGGGAGGGCAGUUGGUGUAGUGACUAAGCUACAGUGCCAAACAGUUUCUACAGGGAGGGCAGUUGGUGUAGUGACUAAGCUACAGUGCCAAACAGUUUCUACAAGGAGGGCCAUAAUCAUUCACUACAAUUCAACUCCUCUACUGUGGAAAGGAGAGAGAGGAGGGAUGGCUGAGCCCAGCCACUCAGCACUACACCUGCUGGGAGACUCCACCCCCUCCCACACCACCCAGUACCUGGCCACACUCGCAGCUUGUCUCGGAGGACUGGUGAUGGGGACCGGACUGGGGUACUCGUCCCCGGCGGGGCCGCUCUUGAUGACCAACACUACGGGGGAGACGCUGCACCUGACCCAACAGCAGUACGACUGGUUCAUAUCCUCGCUGAACCUUGGAGGCGUGGCUGGCAGCCUCGGAGGCGGCCUGUGUACCAACCAGCUGGGCAGGAGGCCUACCAUGCUUCUCACGGGGCCACUCAGUCUGGCUGGCUGGGCACUCAUAGCUUUUGGGCAGAACUUCGCCAUGUUGGCAGCCGGGCGGGUGUUGAUUGGUGCCAGCAUGGGUGCCACCUGCACCGCCGCCCCCACCUACGUGGGCGAAGUUGCUUCCCCAGACAUCAGAGGCGCCCUUGCCAGCGGGCACCAGCUGAUGAUAACUCUAGGGAUGCUGCUCGCCUACUUUGGUGGCAUCUACGUCAGCAGCUGGCGGUGGCUAGCCGUCAUCUGUGGCGCCCCUAACCUCUUGUACAUAGCCACGGUCUAUUUCACACGCGAAUCUCCGACUUUCCUCCUCGCUAAAGGGAAGAUGAGAGAAGCCGCAGCAUCCCUACAGCACUUCCGAGGUGCGAGAUACGACAUUGAGGAAGAACUCCAGAUGACGAAGCAGUCGCUGGAAGAGGGCAUGCAUACGCGAGUAACCUUCAAGGAGGUCCUCAAGCCUUACAUCUUAAGGCCCUUCCUCCUCUGCCUGACAGUCUUCGCCACGGUCCAGCUGUCCGGCGCAGGCGCCAUUCUCCUCAACAUGGCCAUUAUCUUCCAGGCGUCCGGCGUGCGUCUGGACGACAACAUCAACGUGGUGAUCGUGGGGGUGAUGCAGGUGGUGGCGACGGGCCUGAGCGCCGUGCUGAUGGACCGGGCCGGCAGGAGGCUCCUACUGGUCCUCUCCCUCAGCUUCAUGUCUCUCUCACUGGCACCAAACUUCAUGAGCGUCCAUUGUGUUUUUCCCACAACGGGUGAGCGGCUGGGCUGGCUGCCUCUCGUCUCCAUGUGUGUCUUCAUCUCCUCCUUCGCGCUGGGUCCUGGGCCCAUAGCCUGGGUCUUGCUAGGUGAGCUCUUGCACCCCAGAGUGAAGGAGGCGACGACUGGCAUCGUUACCUUAUUCAGCUGGGGGCUGGGCUUCGUUGUCAACUUGACCUUCUUGCCUCUGGAGGACGCCCUGGGGAGUGACGGGAUCUACCUUCUCUUCGCCGCCAUGGCCCUCUGUGGCCUCCUGGUCAUCGUGGCCGGCCUCCCGGAGACUAAGGGCAAGAGCCUGCAGGAGAUCGCGGAGCACUUCGGGCGUCCCAAGUACGACCCCAACAAGAAUGCUGUGGAAGACGACCCCGAAGUAUAUCAGGGGGUGAACCCCAGAGAGAACCAUUUCCUGAAAUGAACACCAUAAGAAAAUAGGUAUACGAACACAUAUAGAACAUAAGAACUUUUAUUGAACAUGAUAUCAUAUGUAGAACAUUAAAACAUAUGAUCGUAGUUAGAACAUAAGAUCAUAUAUAGAACUUGAGAACAUAUAUAAGAUCAUAUAUAGAACUUGAGAACAUAUAUAAGAUCAUAUAUAGAACUUGAGAACAUAUAUAAGAUCAUAUAUAGAACUUGAGAACAUAUAUAAGAUCAUAUAUAGAACUUGAGAACAUAUAUAAGAUCAUAUAUAGAACUUGAUAACAUAUAUAAGAUCAUAUAUAGAACUUGAGAACAUAUAUAAGAUCAUAUAUAGAACUUGAGAACAUAUAUAAGAUCAUAUAUAGAACUUGAGAACAUAUAUAAGAUCAUAUAUAGAACUUGAGAACAUAUAUAAGAUCAUAUAGAACAUGAGAACAUAGGAUCAUAUAUAGAGUAUUAGAACAUAUUUUCAUGUUCAAACACAAGGCCAAUUGGUCAUGUGUUUCAUACGAAAAAAAUCCUAUUUCCUCUUAUCUUGCUUGAAUAUGUGAACACUGAACACUACGUUAAGCAACUGAACACUACGUUAAGCACUCUGAACACACGUUAAGCACUCUGAACACUACGUUAAGCACUCUGAACACUUCGUUAAGCACUCUGAACACUACGUUAAGCACUCUGAACACAACGUUAAGCACUCUGAACACAGCGUUAAACACUCUGAACACAGCGUUAAACACUCUGAACACUACGUUAAGCACUCUGAACACAGCGUUAAGCACUCUGAACACUACGUUAAGCACUCUGAACACUACGUUAAGCACUCUGAACACUACGUUAAGCACUCUGAACACUACGUUAAGCACUCUGAACACUACGUUAAGCACUCUGAACACUACGUUAAGCACUCUGAACACAGCGUUAAGCACUCUGAACACAACGUUAAACACUCUGAACACAACGUUAAACACUCUGAACACUACGUUAAGCACUCUGAACACAGCGCUAAACACUCUGAACACUACGUUAAGCACUCUGAACACUACGUUAAGCACUCUGAACACAGCGUUAAGCACUCUGAACACUUCGUUAAGCACUCUGAACACUACGUUAAGCACUCUGAACACUACGUUAAGCACUCUGAACACUUCGUUAAGCACUCUGAACACUUCAUUAAGAACACUGAACACUACGUUAAGCACUCUGAACACUACGUUAAGCACUCUGAACACUACGUUAAGCACUCUGAACACAGCGCUAAACACUGAACACUACGUUAAGCACUCUGAACACAGCGCUAAACACUCUGAACACUACGUUAAACACUCUGAACACAGCGUUA